CAAAUGUCACAGUUGAACUGUGCAGAUGUAGUUUCAUUGUUUAUAUUUUGCGACGCGAAUAUUUACUUCUUAUUUUGCCAUCAAAGUUUAGCUUAAGUUCAAACACAAUGCAUCAGCCAUCACCUACGGCAUUGACUAGCAUUGUCGAUGUUAAAGAUAUCCGACAUUUCACGCAACAGAUUUUCAAAUAUACCGAAAAACUUUGCAAUGCUUACGAACAUAUUAUGACGCGAUAUGAACAGAUAAGCUUGGAGAACGUUCAACUGAAAAGUGCAAGUGCGAUGACAUCGCUUGAUCCGCUGCUUGUACCUGCCAAUCUGUCACACAAACGGCGAAAAACUGAUGAAUCCGUUAUCAAUGAUUCGGUAGCGUCCAAUGAUCCCCUGAACGAAGCUAUUCAGGAUAUAUCCAGUUGUCAAGAGGACUGUGUCAUUGAAUCCACACCGAAGGUGGACAUGACGCGGAAGAAUGUUAUGAAGAAGGUUUUGACGUUCAGGUCACCAAAUAAACGGAUUGAAAUUAAAGAGGAAAAGCUGAAUGACUCGAAAGACUCUAAGGAUGGACUACUACUCGAUGCAAAAGAUAUCAAAGUGGAAAGAAGUCCAACCUCACCACUGAGGAGUGUCCAGAAUCAAUCCAAUUUGGGUAAGGAAAACCGUCCUAAACCACCUGGCAAAUGGCUGUCAAAUGUGUUGACAUCUCCGAGUCGAGUCACCCGAUCCGGAUUCAUUACAGCGAAAAGUCCCAAAGGUGUGUCACGCUUAUCACUCUCGAAACCAUUCAAACAAUCUCUAUUGGACUUCGCUAAGAAACCAGUUAAGGAGACCACUGUUGAUUCAUGUGCCGAGACGUUUUUCGAUGGUACACCGCGUAACCCAGUUCCCGAUGUCAAGAGUAAAUUUCUUCGUCAGCAACGUUUAGAAGCAUGUGUCAAUACCUCGAGAGACAGUGACGACGAGAAUGUCUUCAGUUUCAAAUCCGAUGCGAAAUCAAUCAAUAAAUCGUCAACAUCACCGCCGAACAUAAAAUUGGAACCACUAACCGGACAACCGAAGACUACCGGUAAAGCUACAACCGAUAACAAUCCGUUGCCAUCUGGAUCCGGUGGAUCUAGCGUGGUAGCAUUGUCCGGCCAACAAGCAGAAGUUAUUGUAAUCCAGGAAUCGCAGCCCCUGUUCGAGGAUUGUUCGGAAACGUAUUGCGAGAGAUUGGAUCUGAAGCUACAGGCGGUAGAAACGCUGGCAGGCAAACUGAAAAUUAGCGACGAUGAGAAAUCGAUUGCCAAUCAUAGACUGUCCUGCAGAAGGUGCGAAGUGUUCAUGGAUUCCAAUCCAAGAUUGAAAUUAUCAGAAAAAUUGAAAAUGGUCGACACAUGCAUCCAACGAUAUCCGGUAAGAGAGGAUACGGAUCCCGAAUUUUGGAAUCCGAGAUUCGUUCCGACUCCUGAGAGUCAGAAACAGGAGACAUUAAUCGAUGACAGAUGGUCCAGACGCAAGAAGUCGUAACAAUCAUUGAGGUGGUGAGGUGGACAUGAUCAUAUCAUGCGGUUUACAUUGGUCGGUGAUCUCUCAUUCCUUUUUUUUAUUUUUUUUUAUUUUGUUGGUAUUCGAAGAAGAAAUUUAUUGGUUAAGCGCAAGUGCCACUGUGAAGGAAAGGCCGGGUUUUUGUUCUUUCUCCUUAUUGUAUAAUUGAGGCCAUUGAGUAAAAAUAUUUUCUUAAAAAUGUA